GGUUAUCUUUGUUUCAGUUGCUUUGGAAACAUGAAUAAAAAUUAUAAAAACAUGAAAUGGGAUACAAUUGCUUUGGAUGGUUUUCCCAUCUCUAUGACAGACAAUUUUCAAGGUUUCGUGGGCCUCGAAGAAUGUACUAGUUACGGAUUUGAUAAGGAAACAAAAAACUGCAUUAAAAAGAAAAAAGGUAAAAAACGCAAGAAUUUAAAGGUUGUGCUUGAAACACCAACAAAGCUGAAUGAAAGUGAAACACUUGAAGUACCAACAAAGAGAGUAAAAUUAAGUCAAGGAUUUACAGUUGAAAAUUGUGAUACAGUAACACCAUCCUUAUCAAAUAAAACAAGAAUCAUAAAUAGGGUUGACAAUAGUAAAAAAGUUAAAAUAAAACUUGGAGAAGACAUUACUGUGGUUGUGUCCGAUUUGACUCCUGAAGAUAUGUUGACUUGGGCUGAAUUUAAACUCCCUGAACCUAUAUUGAAAGCACUUAUGGAGUUGAACUUUAAAAAACCCACAAAAAUACAAGAGCUGACCUUGCCAGCAGCUAUACAUGGUCGCAGAGAUAUCUUAGGUGCAGCUGAAACUGGGAGUGGCAAAACUCUUGCUUUUGGUCUGCCAAUACUCACUGGUAUUAUGAAAUUAAAGGAAAAAGCUGAUGCUGGUUUAGAUGUUUAUGAAAUACCAUACAAAAAGACAUCAGUGAAAAGAAAGAAUGAAAUGAAUAAAAUAUCUAAACAUGACAAAAAAGAUAAACGCAAGAGAAAUAAAGAAAUUAAAAAAGAUAAAGAGUCAUCUGAACAUGGUUAUGGAAGCAAUAAGGCUACAAAAAAACAAUCACCAAAAAUAAUUAAAAGAGAUAAAAAUGCAGCUGACGAAUUUAUAGAAGAGUUUGAUGUUCCUAUAAGAAAAAAACAAACAUCUGAUGAAGGCAUAGAUAGCGAUGACAGUGAUAAUUAUGUACAUCUCUCUGAGAUGCUUGACUCAGAUGAUUUAGCUGAUUCAAGUGAUAAUGAAUCUGUAAAUGAUGAUACUCAUACUGAUAAUAAUGAAGUAUCAGAUGAUGAUGCGUCUGACAGUGAUGUAGCGCUUAGUGAAGGUAGUAAUGAUGAGGAAGAAGGUAGUGAAUUUUCAAAUGAUGGAGAUUCUGAAGAUGAAAGUGAAAUGCACCAAAAUGAAGAAGGCAUAGGUUGCGUGAAAGUCAUAGACGAUGUGGAUAUACCUGGACAUAUUGUCGUAAAAACUGGGAAGCCAUUGUAUGCUCUGAUCUUAACACCCACAAGGGAGCUUGCUAUACAGAUCAGCAGGCAUUUAAUUGCAAUAUCUAAAUAUACAGGUAUAAGAGUAGCAACAAUAGUAGGUGGUUUAGCGCCGGUGAAACAGGAGAGGGUUCUGGCGCGUGGACCGGAGGUGGUGGUAGCGACACCUGGACGCCUGUGGGAGCUACUGCAGCAGGGGCAACAGCAUCUACAGCAGUUGGACUGUGUCAAGUUCCUAGCUAUUGACGAAACGGACCGUAUGAUAGAGCGUGGCCACUUCGAAGAACUGCAGCCUCUGUUGGAACGUUUGAACUCUGAUGACACCAAGCGUAGCAGUCGUCAGAACUUUGUGUUUUCCGCUACACUCACCAUGGUUCACGAGCUGCCUACGCAUAUGAAGGGGAAAAAGGUAACAAAGAGAGGAAAAAUUAUAAAUAGAAAGAUAGAGAAGAUGACGCCUCAGCAGAAGAUCAAGAGACUAGUCGACAUGUUGGGUAUGACAGACCCCAAAGUCGUGGAUAUAACGGCACAAAAUCUAGGUACAUCGGAAACUUUAACAGAGAGUCGAAUAGCGUGCUCAUUGGAACAGAAAGACGCCUAUUUAUACUACAUAGCAAAAAACCACCCCGGAAGAACUAUAGUGUUUUGCAAUUCUAUAGGCUGUGUAAGAAGGUUGGCACAAUUGUUCACUUUACUGAGUUGUCCUUUACUGCCUCUCCAUGCUAGUAUGCCGCAAAGACAGCGCCUGAAGAAUCUAGAAAGGUUCAGGGAUGAUCCGCACGGGGUGCUGGUGGCGACGGAUGUGGCUGCUCGAGGGUUGGACAUCCCCAAUGUGGAUCACGUCAUACAUUACCAAGUGCCAAAGACUGCUGAGAAUUACGUACAUCGCAGCGGACGGACGGCUCGUGCCAACAAGGAGGGUCUUACCAUACUCAUGAUGGAGCCAUCCGAGGCAUACCUUUAUGCGAAGUUGUGUAAAACGCUCAACAAAACAUCCGAACUGCCAACGUUCCCGGUGCCCGCGCACGCUCUACCACCCCUCAAAGAGCUGAUGACGACAGCGCGAGAGGUGGAUGCUCUUCUGCUGAGGAGACGAAGAACUGCACAAGCGCAGGGCUGGCGAGACAAGCUGGCCAAGGAGAUGGACAUGAUCAUCGACGACGAUGACCUUCCCGUUCAAAACGUGGACCCUUCAAUAGAUAAAGCCUUGAAAUCCAAGAAGAGGCAGCUGGCGUCGCUCCUCUCAAGGCCCAUGUUUCCUCGAGGUUUCUCAUUCAAGUACCCAACAUUGAACGACCCAGCAAUGUUUGCCAAAAGUGAUGAUAACGCGUUGCAGGUAAUGAAGAAAGCCAUUCAAUCGGGAGAACUGAAAAAAGAGAAAAGAAAAAGCAAAAACGCUCCGCUACUGAAACUUCAGAAAACUUUAAGGAAAUAA